AUGAGCGCAAUCAAGGAAUUCACGGCUGAUGAGGUGGCUGCUCACAAUACCGCAGACGACUUGUGGAUCAUAGUCCACGGUGAAGUGUAUGAUGUCACAAAGUACAUUCGUGAUCAUCCUGGCGGAGACGACAUCUUAGUUGAGAUCGGAGGACUUGAUGGUAGUGAGGAAUUCGACGCAGCAGGACACUCUGACGAUGCCUGGGAUAUCACGAGAAGUCUCCACGUUGGCACCCUGAAGAAAGAUGGAAAUCGGAAGCAAAAGAGGUCCGACACAGCGCGUUUGAUACAAACGACUCCAACACCAGCCCCAGUGAAGGAGAAGCCUCGCGGGUCUUCACGCGCCUUCAUUACAUUAUCCCUUGGUCUUAGCUCCGCAUGUUUCGGUGCAUGGUGGUAUUCGAAGCAAUUCGAUAUCGCUGCACUCCGCACCCUGCCUAACAUGCCCACUGCAUUGAACUAUGCGACCGAAUGGCUCAAAUCGGCUGGCGCCUUGAAGCGCGUGGGCUUUGGCUUCACUGAGGGAGUCCUCGUCACGACUGCUGCUUUUUCGGUUACAAUGGGUCUCGCUCUUCAACGCCUCGGGUAUAUUUUGCAGUACUACAGCUCGUAUAAGGCCCACAAACAGAUCCCAAGGCUGCCGGUACGAAACGUGCUGAAUGGACGAGGCUGGUUGGACCCCAAUGUUUUCCAGAAGCUACCUCUUGUCAAGAAGGAGGUUCUCUCCGCCGACUCCUACCGUUACGUCUUUGCUCUUCCGCGCAAGGAUAUGAUGGUCGGCCUCCCCAUCGGUCAACACGUCUCCAUUCGAGGCUCAGUCAACGGCAAGAUGGUCCAACGCUCUUAUACACCGGUAUCCAACAACUCUGAUCGCGGCGUUCUCGAGUUGGUCAUCAAGUGUUACCCUACAGGAGAACUCACAAACGGUUACCUGAAACAGCUCGAGGUAGGCGACCGAGUCGAAUUCCGUGGCCCGAAGGGUGGCAUCCGCUACAUUCCCGGAAUGGCCGAGAAGAUUGGUAUGGUCGCAGGUGGCACUGGCAUCACCCCCAUGUACCAGCUGAUUCGCGCCAUUUGCGAGAACCCGCGCGACCUCACCCAGGUUAGCCUCAUUUACGCCAACCGCACAGAGUCAGAUAUCUUGCUUCGCAGGGAGCUAGACGGUUUCGCCCGCAAAUACCCCGGGAACUUGAAGAUUUACUAUGUACUAGAGCAGACCCCCAAGGAAUGGACCGGCGGCAGUGGAUAUGUGACAAAGAAUAUGAUGGAGGAGCGGCUCGCGGCACCGUCGGCGACAACGAAGGUCUUUUUGUGCGGGCCACCGCCGAUGGUGGAUGCUGUGAAGAAGUCUCUUAACACCCUUGGAUACGGGCUACCAGGUGCCAGCGCAAAGCCUGGUGACAAAGUUCUUUGCUUCUAA